CAUAAAGUAACUACAAACUUGUUCCUUUCGGACAAAAAUACCCUCCUCAAUCUUUCUUAAAACAUCGUACAAAUAUCUUUCAUAAUAGCAAUCAAACUCCUUUCUCGCCGGCCAAAAUUUUAGAAAAUUUCGGAUCUCCGGCGAUGGGUCGGGUCAAUACGGAGGUGGACCCGUAUGCAGUGGUGGCGUACCGAUUACAUGAUGCAAUAAGUUGGUGGGAUGAAGUGAAUGAAUCAAUUAUUUGGCAAAACCGUAUUUUUCAUCUUCUUGCCAUCUUAUACGGCGUCGUUUCUGCUGUUGCUCUUGUGCAAUUAGUUCGGAUUCAAAUGAGAGUUCCCGAGUAUGGAUGGACCACUCAAAAAGUCUUCCAUUUCCUCAAUUUCCUGGUGAAUGGGGUUCGCUCUCUGGUUUUUGUAUUACGGCGGGAUGUUCAGAAGUUGAACCCUGAGAUUGUCCAGCACAUCUUGCUUGAUAUGCCAAGUCUUGCAUUCUUCACAACUUUUGCGCUGCUAGUAUUAUUUUGGGCUGAGAUAUACUAUCAGGCACGUGCCGUAUCUACUGAUGCUCUUAGGCCCAGUUUCUUCACAAUUAAUGGAGUGGUUUAUGCUAUUCAGAUUAUGUUGUGGCUGAUAAUAUGGUGGAGACCUAUUCCAGUACUUGUCAUCUUAUCUAAGGUGUUCUUUGCAGUUGUAUCUCUCUUUGCAGCCUUGGGGUUUCUUCUUUAUGGAGGAAGGCUUUUCCUUAUGUUACAGCGUUUCCCUGUAGAAUCAAAGGGCAGACAGAAGAAGCUACAGGAGGUUGGCUAUGUGACAACAAUAUGCUUUUCAUGCUUCCUCAUUAGAUGCAUUAUGAUGUGUUUCAAUGCAUUUGAUAAAGCUGCGGAUCUUGAUGUUUUGAACCAUCCAAUUUUGAAUUUUGUGUACUAUCUGUUGGUAGAGAUUCUACCUUCUUCUCUUGUCCUUUUCAUUUUGAGGAAGUUGCCUCCAAAGCGAGGGAUCACACAAUACCACCCUAUUCGCUGAUACAACAGUGUGCAUCGAAUUUGAAAUGAAGCUUUGGGAUAGAAAUCAAGCUCUGGGAUCAGGUACCAGAUGAGUUGGCUUUUAUGAUACUUGUCUUACCUGGAAGUGAUAGAAGCAAAGACCAUUUAAGAGAUUAUCUUGUCCAUGGAGAGUACGGUUCAUCGGAGACUCCAAGGAAAAAUAGGUUCUUUGCAGAUUUUAGUUAUGUUUGUAAGUUAAUAGUCUUGAAACAAGAGUUGUGGAACAUGCUGUGAUUUGUAGUGUAAUUAUCUUCAUCUUUGUAUGUUUCAGAUUUUAAUUGAUUAGUCUUUCCCCCCA